AUGGAAAGUUUAACAUUGCAGAUGUGUUUCCAUGGUUUGAAGCCUUUGGAUCCUCAGGGAUUAAGAUGCAGAGGAAAGGUUGCUUAUGACUUGUUUUAUGCUGUGAGUGAUGGGUUCGUGACCAGGCGGCUCAAGCAUAGAGAGUCGAAUCUGCCAAGUUAUAGGGAUUUAAUGGAUUCCCUCCUUGACUACAGCCAAGAACAUGGAUCUGAAUUUGGCUACAAACAUAUCAUAAUCUUACUUGGGGAACUGAAACUAGUUCAAACAGAGUUGAUUGAGUGGGCAAUGACUGAACUGCUACGCCAUCCCGAUAUAAUGUCGAAGGUGCGCGAAAAAGUUAAAAAAGCAGUAGGAGAAGAAGGAAGAAUAGAAGAACCCAAAAUCCUUGCACUGCCCUAUUUACAUGCUGUUGUGAAAGAAACAAUGAGGUUGCACCUAUCAUUGCCUUUUCGUAUACCCCACAAGAGUGAGACAGACAUGAAGCUGUGUGAUUUUCAGAUACCAAAGAACACCCAAAUCCUUGUGAAUGUGUGGGCAAUUGCUCGAAACCCUGCUUACUGGGAAAACCCAACUCAAUUUAUGCCGGAGUGGUUUUUGGGAUCUAAUAUGGAGUAUAGAGGCCAGCAUUUCGCCUUUCUUCCUUUUGGUUCAGGUCGUCGGAUGUGUCCUGGACUUCCUCUUGCUCAAAGGGUUGUGAGCUUGAUGCUUGCAUCACUUGUGUAUCAUUUGGACUGGAAACUUCCUGAUGGUUUGACACCGAAAAAUUUGGGACUGAUACGUUCGGCCUCACCUUGCAGAGGGCAACACCUCUUCUUGCUAUUCUGA